AUGGCCAACAAUCUAAGACGGGCCACAAACACCACUACCACUACCAACAAACAAAACGGUGGAGCUUCAACAACAAAUUUUGGUAUGGAUGGGCUCGCUGUAUCUUAUGAAAUCUACAGGCAUUCCAAAAAAACAUCGGGCAGCCACCCCCUCAAAAAAGUGAGUCGGCUUUCUCGCUCAGCAGUACCAGAAACAACCCCACGCCAGGCCAAACAGAAAAUUCCUCCACCAGCACCGGUACAAUCACCCUACCACAAACUUGUGAUGCUGACUACUGCAAUCACAAAAGCAGUCGGCCAAACUCUAGGUGAACCCAAUAAUAAGAACCCCCAGAGUGCGUACCGACAGUUAAUUAUGCAACAGCAGAACCAUGUGGAGCCGCUGGCACAUACACUGCACGAGUUUGUGGAUACGUUACAAGUGGGGCUUUCUCGGGAACUGUUGUGUACGACCCAAGUUCAAGACAAAGCAGUAGAGGGAGGGUCUGUUAAGGGAUCAAGUAAUAAGACGACACUGAAAAAGAGUUCCAAGUCGAAAAAGAGCAUGACCAUGUCCAAAUCGCAGACCAGCAGUAAAAAAAGGGGAGCUCUUGAGGAAGAAUCUAGCAAGAAAUUAUCUGCAACACCCAAGGCACAAGAAAAAAGUAAUAAACGGCCCAAUCUUGGGGGGGAUAGUAGUGCGGCCGUUAAUCAAUCCAAACUGUCGCUUAAACAAAAGCGACUUUCCAUGGAAGGUAAGUCGUCCAAAAAGGCCAAACGGGUGGCAGAAGCGGCAACAGAUGAAAAUACAGAACCCAAGAGUUUAUCAUCUGACAAGAGUCGGCCAAAGUCUAAAAAGACACCGUCCAAGACGAGUUUGCAUGUAGAAAAGGCGUCAAGCAAGUCGACCGAUACAAUAAUUAUAGAUUAA